UUUCUGGUCCAGUUAGCUAGCUUUUCUUCCUUUUCAGCCAAACUUCAAAUGGAUGAUACGCAAAGUUCUCCCUUGCUGAGCAUCAAGGCUUCACCGGAACCCGAUUAUGCUCCGGUGAAGACCUUUCAGGAGGGCAUGUCAGUUUGUUGGAAGGAGACUGUGAAGCUGUGGAAAGUUGCAGCUCCGGUGGCUUUCACGACUCUCUUUCAGUUCCUCAUCCAGUCUGUCACCACCAUCUUCAUCGGACAUCUCGGAGAUCUUGAGCUUUCUGCUAUUUCUCUUGCUCAUAAUGUCAUCAACGCUAUUGCCUAUGGCUUCCUGCAAGGUAUGGCAAAUGCACUUGGAACUCUAUGUGGUCAAGCAUAUGGUGCAGGCCAAGUUGAUUCACUUGGCAUCUAUAUGCAGCGCUCCUGCAUUAUCCUAUCCAUCACUUGCUUCCUCCUUUCGUCGAUUUACAUUUUUGCUACUCCAUUCCUAAAGAUUUUAGGCCAACAAGACAGUAUAGCUGAGUUUGCUGGAAAAUAUUGUCUGUUGAUUAUCCCUCAGAUGUUCUCCUUUAUCAUCAAUCUGCCCACCCAAAAGUUUCUUCAAGCUCAGAGCAAGGUGGGGAUCAUCACAUGGAUCUCCUUUGUGGCUCUAGUCACACACACAGGACUUCUUUAUCUCUUCAUUAGCGUACUCGGCUGGGGGGUGAAUGGUGCAGCUGUUGCUUAUAAUAUCACAUUUUGGGAAGUUGCAGUUGGUCAGUUUAUGUAUGCUGUGUUUUUUUGCAAAGAGGGUUGGAGUGGAUUUUCAUGGUUAGCUUUCAAAGACAUUUGGGCUUUUGCUAGGCUGUCCCUGUCCUCAUGUAUGUUCUUUUGCCUAGAGAUGUGGUACGUUAUGAGUCUCAGCAUUCUUGCCGGGCAACUUGAAAAUGCAGUGAUUGCUCUUGGUUCCUUUUCUAUAUGCUUGAACUUUCAGAGCUGGGAAGUCAUGAUUUUGACAGGAAUAAAUGCGGCUAUAAGCAUUCGAGUCUCGAAUGAACUAGGGAUGGGGCAUCCCAGAGCUGCCAAAUACUCCAUAUGUGCUGCAGUCGUACAAUCCCUCAUCGUUGGGAUCGUGUCUAUGACUUUUGUCUUCAUAAGUAGAGACUACAUUGCCAGUGUUUUCACAGACAGCAAAGUCAUCCAGCAAGCUGUUGCUCGUUUAGCAUACUUUGUUGGUAUAACCAUGCUUCUUGCUAGUGUUGCACAAGUUUUAACAGGUGUUGCUAUUGGAAGUGGAUGGCAAGUGAUGGUAGCUUAUAUAAAUUUGGCUGCUUAUUACCUAUUUGGUCUCCCACUUGCAAUCUUUCUUGGAUUUAAAGCCAAUUUGGGUUCAAUGGGACUAUAUGGUGGCAUGAUAAGUGGAAGUGCUCUUCAGAUCUUAUUCCUAUUGAUUAUGACUUCCAGAACCAACUGGGACAAGGAGGUCGAGCAGACGACUAAGCGCAUAAAGAAAUGGGGGAGCAAGGAAAUAAGAACUGAGAAGAUAGGUUGCUGAUAGUAGUAUAUGAAAUAAAGCUACUCACUCUUGCUGCAUAGAUUUAAGGUGAAACUCAGGUAUAAGUUCCUUAGUUUAUUUCUCGAAUAGUAUAGGCUCAUCUCUCAAUAUGAUCUGCCACACUCAUGUCUGUGUUUGAAACUUUGAAUAUCAAAGGGCAAGCUGAGCAGCUGAUAAAAUGCGGCCAGCUUAAGGAGGUUGAGUGAGGUUUAAAAGCAAGCUGUUUUGUGGUUAAUAAUGUGUUUAUUAAUUAAUUAGUUAAUUAGAAUAGUAGCUAGUAAAGGAACAAUAUAUUUACAUUGUGUUAAUACAAUUUAGAACUAAUAUAUAUACUGCAUCCUGUGAGGAAAAAAUGUAAAAGAACAUGUUCUGGUGAAUGUGUAAACUUCCCUUUGAGUUGAAUAAGAGAUUACCUCAUUGGGAUAUAUAUGUUAUAAGACCUGUUACUGUGAGACCUCAGUUUGUAACAUUAACUGCAGCCAGCUAGCUCAAGUACCUCGUUAAUAAUA